AUGAAUAAUCAGCUUAAACUUGGUUCCUGCUAUGAAAAAAGUAUAGGAACUUCCAAAGGCAAAAAGAAAGCUGCUGACGGUGGAAAUUCUGUUGGACAAAUUGGCAGUAAUUCUGGUGGACAAAAUGAAACUUGUAACGAGGCAACUCAAAAAUGGAAUAAAAUCAAAACCAAAAAUGCACUAGAAAUCGACGAUAUAAUUAAAAAAUAUCUGAACACUUCGUUUAAUCUAUAUAAUAUACAGACAGUAAAAUCAAGAUAUAUACCCAAAGAGACCUUAGAACCCUCCCUCCCUACUAUCCAUCCGGUAGAACCUGUACUUAAA